AUGGACGCAAAUGGUAACAUAAUUCAAGAACUGCUAUGUCCGCCUCAAUCGUCAUUUUCGAACGGUUCAACUGCUCCAAGUACCAGCACUGGUGAACCGUGGUGGGAAGUUCAGAAUCAAAUUCCGCCACUUCAAUUGGAAUGCCAAGCGUUCGAACAGUGCAAUGCACCCAAUCUCCGUCCUCCAAUCUCACCGCUCUCGUUUGCAUUCGAAACUCAGAAUCCGUUCGCAAUGGUUUGCGGCUCAGAAGUCACUGUUGCGACAAGCAAUCCUCAUCGAUCUCCUGAAAAGUCGAUUUCAAUGGGAAAUAUUAAGCAAGAAAAAAAUUCGGAAGAAUCUCUGAGGCUCAAUGAUUUGGAAGUAGUUGAUUGUGAUGCAAAUGAAAAUCGAUGUCGUGAAAACCAAGCUCAAGCCGCUGAUUUUGAGCCAAAGGCAUAUCAAAGUUGGGAAGCUUUCGGACAAUCUGUCGAGGAGAAAAUUCAAGAGGAAAAAUCGAAAAAAGCACAAUCAUUAGUAACGAUCAAGAAGAAUAAAAUAUAUUUAGUUCGAACUAUCGGUGAGACUUCGAAAGGGUACUAUGUGAACCCAGCGAAUUCUGGAAAACGUAAAAAUGAAGAGGGUUCGUCGAAAAACGGAGUUUCAUCGCAAUCAUCUCACGAAGAAAAAGCUUACAACAAGCGUUUGAGAAAUGAUGAAGGGUGUGAUUCGAAUACGAAUCCUAGUGAUUCGGAUGAUGCGCCAAUAGACGUUGUAACUCCUGAUGCUCCAAGUGAAAGACCACCGGCUCCGCCCGACUUGGCUCCUCAGAUUCCUCAAAACUCGCGAUAUUUCUUGCCGAAAACAAGAAAUGUGUGCAGUCCAAGAGCUAAUGAUCAAGAUGAUCAAGACGAAAUCAUCGACGUAUGUGUUGAUGAUGUGAUACCGAAGAAGAAAUCCCUAUUCCAACACAAUCCUCAUCAAUUGCUGACAACUAAAGUGACGUCGAGCUCGAUUCCGAUCAUGCCGAUGACAAAAACGAUCAUGGAAUCGAAGAAGGAGGCAAUUGAGAAAUCGCAUGCAAAAAUGUACGCGAGAAAGUCGGCAAACUCUCCGGGAACCAAUAUCUCGCGUGGCGUCAUGUGCGCACCGAAGGAUGUAUGUCGACCGGCUUACAAAGAACGAUCACCAAUAGUCUUCACAAGUGCAGCGAAAACUCCUAGAAAAUCGAAGCCCGCUUGUCAAUCUUGCGGUGGUUUUAGCGCCUAUAACGUCGAUAUGGACGAUUUUCGAUUUGUCGCGGAUCUCUCCACAAUACCGGUUCGCGCGCAUCUUUGCGAACAGACUCGAGUCAUGGUCGCUAGAAUGGCGCACUGGAAUCGCGAAUUUGCCAAAAAGAUGGGCGACUCAGCCAAAGACACGCUUUGGCAUAAGCCUGAUGAGGUGACAGCUCAACAAACGGGAUUUUGCAGUGCCACUGUCCGCAGAUGCCUCGACAUGGCCAAUAUUUCGACACUUCCCAAAUGUGCCGAUAGAAUCGGAAUAUCGAAGAAUGAGCUAACCCAACUAAAGAGCAUAUUCACUGAUGAUCAGAAAUUUUGCGGUGAGCAAAUGCGUACACCUCAUCUUUUAUCGGCUUAUUGUCCUAAGCCCACUGGAAAGAGAUUCAGUAUUGAUGGUCGAGAUUUGUCCGAAAAACGCGUUGAUGGUUCAAAAACUGUUCCGAGACCAAUUCCUGGCACCCGCUUCGGUGUUCGAAAAGUCAUCGUGAAUGCUCCCGAAGGCGGUCCGAAGAAGACGAUUCUCCGUUGGCCGAGCAGCAAUCCACCCAUCAUUGCCAAAUCCGACAAGACGUCGCAAUUGCCGGUGGUGACUCCGCUGCUGAAAACCGAAAAGGAGCGGGCCACGACGAAGAAGGCGACGGCGGAAAAGAGAGCACGUGGACGACCGAGAAAAAUCAAAAAGGAUGUUGCUGAGGAGCAGCAGCCGACGGAAGAGCCCGUUGAGGAGAAGAACGAGAAUCGAGCCAAGGCGAAAGCUGUUAGAAAGAAAAUUACAGAGGUUGAGCGUGUUGUGAAGCAAGUUCUCGGCGAAAUGGUCGACAUCAUCUCGUCAUCAUAA